AGCGGAGCCGGCCCGUAGUGUGGGGGAAGGACAAGAUCAGCCAGCUGUGCUCAAGAUAGCGAACGGUUGUCCCCUCGGCGCACCGGUGCGGACCUCUCGGUGUUUGUCGGCUAGUGUGUUUUUCCCUCGGGCUACUAGCAUGUCAGUGCGCCGGCUCCGGCGCGAGCAGGCGGUGAAAUCGUGAUUGUGCGCGCGUGAAACCGGAGGAUAGCGAGAAGAGCGACAGGCUACGCGCGCGGCGAGGAAGCGGCGGCGACAUGUCGACGGGCAAGCGGCUGGCGAAGCGCUCGAUCCUGGGCACGCGUGUGUGCGCCCCUACGGCGGACGGCCUCCACAUGCCGGGUGUUAUUCAGGCGACCAAAACGGACGCUGACGACGAGAACGUCUACACUGUCACGUUCGCCGACAAGACGACGGGCGAGUACCGCGGCGACGAGCUCAUCGGGCCGGGCUUCCAGACCAUAGCGGGCCUCACUCUCAAGAGCGGCCAGCGCGUGUACGUGACGUUUAACGGCCGCGAAGUGUCCGGCGUCGUGCUGGAGCACGACGCCGUGCGCGACGACGUGGUCAUCACCAUCCAGCCGUCGCAGCACAACCAUCAGAUCACACAGACGGUUCACAAGCGCCUGGAAGAGGUGCGACUGCUGGAGAGCCGCAAGUCGGCUCGCCUACAGGACUUGGACACGGACUAUUCGCGGCUUGCCGAAGGUCAGGGCGAGCUUCGGCGGCGAGCCUCUUCACUCAGCAUCGAUGUGCCGCCUUCCAUAAACGGCCGCAAGAGGCGUCCCAGCGCCAGCGAGGACGCGGACACCAUGGACGACUGCAUGGCCGCCAUGGUGCUCAUGCGACUCUCGUGCAGCCCAAAGUCGCCAAGGGUGCCCUCCGACGCUCCUGGCACACCAUCAUGGACAAGCUCAAGUUCGGGUGCCUCGAGCUGGGAGAGUGGCCGGUCACCUCCACGGACUGGAACCCCAUCUCCUCCAGCAGGCCUGGCUGCAGCAGAUGCACGCACCUUCUGGCGCAUGUCACCCACCCAGGAUGAGGGUGUCGACUUUGCUGAGAACCUUGGCUCGUCUGUUGAAUCUGGCUGUGCAAAGAGAAAGCGGGUGCUAUACAAGUGUAUGUGGAAGGAGUGUGGUGAACGGUUCUCCACCUGCAAGGACGUUGAGAGGCAUGUUCGUGUGAAGCAUCUUGGGCGUGGCGAUGAGAGCGAGGACUCUGCAUCAAGUGACCACGAGGAAGAGUUCUACUACACGGAAAGUGAGGAAGAUGAUGACCUGGAGAGUGACUCUGGCAGCACCCUUCUUGGAGAGCAUGGCGAAUGUACGCACAAUGUCUACACUUCUGCGCCCACCCUCAGCCAUCUUGACAUGGCGAGGCCACCGCAUGAGGACCCCCAGUACCAGAUGCUCGCAAGGAGCGCUGUUCCUGCAUCCCCGCCCAACCUGUCAUCAGCAUCACCCAUCAACAUUCCCACAGUGCAGCGAUCAUUCUCAUGGCAGCCUCAUGCCAGUGCACCAACAACUAUGGUUUCGCCGCAAAAAUUCAUGCGCCUGAGCCCCAAGACCCUGUCUGCCUCACCAAAAAUCUCGCCACUUCACCGGAGGGUGCGCUCUGAAAGCCGCAAGUGCCGCAAGGUCCACGGCAUGGACAACAAGGACAUGUGGUGCACCCAGUGCAAGUGGAAAAAGGCCUGCAGCCGCUACGUUGACUGAGCGCUCCCACUCCUCCCACUUCUUCCCUUUUUGUUUUUACCACUACUCACAGUGUAAUCGCUGUCAUAAUCAUGGCAUGUCCAAACUUGUUCAUCUCCUCACAGUUUGUGUUGUUGCAUUAAGUUGCGCUGCAGGCUGCUUACUGACAAGCUCUACUGUUAUCUAAGAAUGAAGAAAACCUUGCCAGAUGGAGAAGGUUCAGUUUGACUUAACAGCUUUUACAUGCUAGUAUGAAGACGCUAUUUGCUAUGUCCAAACCGAGUGAUUUACGAUGCUUUGCUUGAAAAAUCCUUGUGAAUGUAAAAUCUUCUGUGCAUCUUUCACUACCGACCAACAAGCACCUUGUAGUUUAUCUUGACUGUUCCCAGUCAUGCCAUCAUUGUCAGAAUUUCUAAUAGCCACAACAUAUGAUCAGACAGAAGCAAGAUGAAAUUAUUUCAUAGAGUACAAUUAGUUCUUUGUCAGCAAUGCAAAUUGGAAAAAAAGAAUGUCAUGAUCGUCAGGGAACUUGAGAGGUCUGGCAAGGAUAACAUCAUGCAAGCCAAUAUUUGAGGAAAACGUGGCUGCUGAAGUUGACUGACAACACAUUCCUCCUUUUAGCUUGUGAAAUCAGGAGGAAAGCUUGCUAGAAAGUUUGGUGGUGGCAAAUUCUGCUUUUGCCAAUUUAUUUGUACAAAGUGUGUGGCCUGCCGUACUGUACAUAGUGUUUUCUUGACAUGUUGACAUGUGGCCAUCAUCAACUACACAUUUCUCUAUUUGUAAUGUUAUUUCCCGGAUGACCACUCUUUCAUUGUGAAAAACAUUGAGAGAGAUGCCACUGGCUGAUUUAUUCAUGGCUGCUAUCUCAUGCCCGCUGUGAGAACUGAUUUACAAAUGCCUACAUCGCCAGCAGAAGUGGAUUGUUCAUCGGCCACAGUGUUGGUCCAGUGUUGCUACCGAUGCUCACACAGAGCAUGCAAAAAUUUAACACAAGCUCUGUUUCAUUUCGCUUCUUCGAAAUAGUAAUCUGUACAAGCUGAGCACAUCCUUGCACUGCAAAAUAAGUUGACUUGGAGCUGCAUUUGUCAAACUUAACUGUACCACUGUAUUUGCGCUAGCUGAUGAUGCCUGCAUGUAUUGGAGAGUCGAGGUUUGUUUUGCUGAAGGUGUUUGUUGGGAUGGAGGCGUGUUUGUUGCAGGGGUGCUGCUUUGAGCUCACACACCUUUUCUCGCUUGCAAUUUGUCUCACUUGUGCCUUGCGUUAUGAAGUGUCUGAAAGCAGGAGGUGACUGAGUAUAUGGUCAUGCAAAGCACAGGCACUUGUGAAGCAAAUAGAAACAAAAGCCAGAAUGAGCAUAAAUCACUUGAUUACUCGUGGCAGGCUCAUGCAAGUUAUCAGAGAUAUCCAGAAUAGUGAACACACUCUAGCGCAAAUGAAUAUUGCAGUAGCAAAGAACGAUUACAACAACAGUAGCGCUGGUGGCACCAUCUUGCGACACUGUGAUCAACCAUAUUCUGUUGUACGACUCUUUGAAAAAGAAAAUGAACAAAAAUAUCUUUGUGAUAAUUACAUUAUUGGUGAUACAUUUAUGUCUGCAGAUAAGACGAAUACAAUCAGUCAUUGCAAAAUUGUUGCGUGAGCAUUACUUCCUUGAGCCGCGCACCAUCAGACUUGGAGGACGCUUAAGCUUCGCCUUUAAGAGUGGAACACGAUAGCAUUCAAAGAUCCCUGGCUGCUUAUCAGGCUUUUUUCUCGUAUAUUCAAAUUACAAUCCAACGCUAUCAUGUGUGUAGGUUGUAGUUAAGUCGUACUUUACGAUUUUUCUGACGGAUUUUACUUUGAGAAAUGCAAUUUUUGUUCACUGACCCCUUGCGUCACGUCACGUAGAGGGCCUGUGUGGUCGGAGUGGUUCGGGAUGAAUUUCUCCGCCACAUGUGCCACGGAUGCCGAUGCUUACGCCGAAGCAGACUCCGGAUUUUCUGCGACAUAGGGCCCUUAAUGCUAUCAUGUUAAAAAUUGGCAGUUUCACCGAAAGCAUUCGCAGCAAUAGCAAAGUUUAGCACUGUGCUUGAGCUCCUCAGACGGUGUUCUAACAAUGUGCAAAGCGAUAUGUUGGAGCUCUGUAGCUUGCGAGGCAACUGCUGCACAGCAGAAACAGUGCCCUGGCAGCUAGCUACCAGGCAUCUCACAAUGCUUGCGUGAUGUGAAGCACUGCCAGUGGCAUUGCAGGCGUGUUGCACCUCGAUUGUGGACGAGAUGUUGCUAAAGGAAAACCAUCGGCAUUUGUAGAUUAAAGUUUAUUGUUUGUUCCACUCAAACCACUGUAUGCACACAGCUGCCGACCAGAAGAGCUAAUGUUUGUGCGCACAACCCUCAUGCCAGCAGUAGAAGGGGGACCGCUACCAUGGCUUCACUGCAGAGCAAAUUGCGACGUGCAUCCAAUUGGCUUUGUCAUUCUUGCUGACAAAUGUGCUGCGCGUCUGUUGCUUCUCUGGAGACCUUCUAACCAGCCACACGCAAGCUGCACAUGUGCUGUCAAUGCCAUGACAGCAUGACAGCAGUGGUGGUGGAAGUGCACCUGGAGUGUCCGUAUAAUUGCUAUUGCAAGAAAAAAAGUUAUCCAUGCUUUGGCAAGAUAAACACAGUGUCGCAAGACAUUGGUGCUAUUGUUGUUCCUUGUGUCUACAUUCGGUAGUGCUCCAAUAUAUGUUUAUGUAUGCUAGUGUGUGUCUGCUAUGAUAAAAAUGUCUUCUGGAUGACAAAUUUAAGCUGAACUGUCAACAGUUGUGAAAUUGGAGUCUUGGCUUCUUGCACUAGCCUACACUGUGCUCAAGACCUGUGUGUGUGUUGCAUAGACAUGCACAAAGGAACGCACAUUUGUGCGCCACUUAGUUUACAAAUAUCAUCAUCUUGUGCCACAAGAAACAAGUUUUUAACUGUUUAUUUCUCAUUGCCCCCAUACCACUCAGAAUCCUCAUUUUGAUGCAGAAGCUGAAUCAAAGCAUGCCAGCUGCCUCUUGGGGCAAAUCAGAACCUAAGGUGAAAUGCAGUCAACUCAAAAGAGUAGGCAGAAGCCGCCCAAGUGUGCCAAUAGCGUCUGAUCAGAGGAACUGCGAAAGCCUUGAGCCAAUUUGCUGUCAUGAGGAGCUGGCAAGGCAUUGUAGAAUGGCCUGGACAAGGCUUGCAUGAGCUGUAACCUCAUAAAAGAUCAGCCAGUGGUGUUUGUACUUGGAAGUGGAAACCACAUGGAGCAAAUUUCAAACAUGUUUUCCACACGGCAUUGCCAUAUCUAUCUUAUGCCACAUAACCACACUGUUAUUAUCACAGCCUAAAUGCCUACCAUGGAAUAUCUCCUUUUUUUGGCAAACAGAUGUAUAAUACAUACGAAAUGGAAAUACAUUGCGGUCAUCGCCCAGUGUGAAAUAGCCAUGCUGAAACUAGGCAGCGCCAUGCCGUAAAUGUCUUAAAUAUGUUCUUGUGGUUGCUGCUUGUGUACUUGUGUGAGGAACAUGGACUUUGUACACUUGUCACCACAGUGUCGAAUUGCAACAUACAUACAAUGAAUGAGGCUUAUGUGUUUGUCUGCGCACUUGUUUUAUAUACAUUGCUUGGUAUCCUUGCUAAGCCCUGUCCAGGUCAUCUUGAGCUGCUGCUGUGUUGUCAUGUGCAGUAGAGCUGUAGCAACAUGGCAGGGUCACUGGGACUGAAGUGUGCCUUGCCUGGUAGCCAAACAGCCAACAGCAAUCGUAACCCCAGAACAGCUGCGGGUUGACAAAAACACUUGGAAUCUCGGGUGCAUGCCACUCCACUCAGUAGAGUGCGCAACACCCUGCCUCAUAGUCCAUCGGAAUGCCAUCCAGCAUGUCACUUGAGAUGUUUGCCCAAGUGCUCCAUUGAAUCAAAAUUUGGCAGUGUUGUUACAUAGUUGAUUUUGCUUUUAUUCUUUUGAAAAAGCUUAUUAUGGAUAAAUGAAUUUCAAACAUGAGUGACAUAAUAAAUGCCUUUGUAGACAGUGAUAUGUGCAAGACUGCCUCGGUACUAAUCAUGGAAGCAGUGGCUCUCAAUGUGCUGCACAGUAAUCUUAAAAUAAUAAUUGAAAACAGCUUGCUUCAUUUUGUUUCGAAUGACUUCAUUUCAAGUGACUUCAUUUCAAGUGACUGAAACAUACAUCACAGAGCUUCUUUAAGGACUCGAAAUGUUGAGCGCUAGUGUAGCCAAUCAGUGAGUUGUUCUCUUCUGGCAGCAUGCUGUCAAAAAUUAGAAAUGAAACAGGGACGUUGUAUGAGAAACAUGCAAUGCAGAGAGGUUUUCUGGGGAAGGGAGACUGUUGUAACAAAUCAAACACACUGCAUCUUGCAAACUGCGCGGGUUAAAAAUACUAGUUUGGCUGCACGGUUAACGAGAUGAACUUCUUGUCCAUCUUCUGGAAAAAGACUUACGCACAAUAUGCUUAUUACGAAUUCACUGUCAAUGUUCAAAUGUCAUUGCAUGUAUCCGUUUCCAUCUUGCCACUGCCAUUUUGUUGUCGACAUGUUGUCAGCAUCACAUAGUUGGUGGCUUUUUGACAUUGAGGCAACAAUAAUUGUUUGGAUGCAUGAUGAGAACAAGUAUCUAAACAAUUGGUGCUGCUUUUUUGCAUGAAAAGGCUGUCAACAAUACAUUUUUGGAGACUGUGUUGGCCAACUUGCAACCCAUUAUGACAGUGCCCUUACUGAAACAUCCACAGCUUACACUACAAAACAGGUAAAACCCAGCAGUGAAGUAUAUUAUGUCAUGCUUUAAAAGACUUUCAUGCCAAAAUAGUUGGCUUGGAGCACAUAAAAAUCUGUGACAGGAUCGUCAUUCUGACGUGAUGGGUGGCAUUCCAGUGCACUGUGACUGCAUGCCGAAUGGUCUCACAGAAGGGUGUCAUAGUGUGUGUCUGUGCUGUCCCGUGCCUCGGCGUGUACAUGUAACAGAGAACUGCUAUUGAAAUGGAUGAAGAUAACCGGUGCCAGAUUUGUAGGGUUAGUCCACCAGUAAGCUGGACAGUCGUGUGGAGCUGAUUAAUCAAUUGCUGUCUUGACACAAUCAUGCAGCUAUGUCUGAUGCAUGCAGCAGGUAUGGAAAUAACAUGGACUUUUGGUCAUGGGUGUACCCUGUUACUUGAACAAGAGGAGAAAUAACUGUUGACUGGCACAAACUGCACGCAUAUUACUGUGCCACAAACAGUCAGAUGCAAGCAAAGGUUACAUUACAAUGAGUAAUUGGUGCACUAAUGUAUCAUAUUGUAGAGUGAUUGCUUUUAGAAGUAUUUUCACUUCGCUUAAUCCUUUAGCUUCCAGGCCCGAGCUACACUCGACCUAGCAGUUUGUACCGACAUUGCCAAAGACGAAUACUGCUCGUCCAGGCUGCACUUCAAAUAUCUUACUCUUUCGGGCACAGUAAUUUAUGAAGGAAAAGGUGUAGCAAAAAUUUACUUCACAAACCAGGCAUCAGCAGUAUGAUAACACCUAUCUUGUCUUUUGUAGCAUAAUUAAAUGCACUGUAAAUCUUUAAUAGGCACAUUGUUUUCUCAACAGCUUGCAGCUUUGUGCAGUCAGCAGUUGCCACACUUCAUUGAGACCCACUCUGAAAUGCUGUGCAAGAAUUAGAAGCAUGCAAUACGAUGUCCUUGCAAUAUCUUCGUGGCUCUUGUCAUGUAAACUGUUUGUUGAUUGCAAGCUUGCGAGAUAGCUUUUCCUUCUGUGCUGAAAAUCGGAGUGGUAACUCAUAAUCCAGCAUGCUUGGUUCUCAGUUCUUGAUGAUCUGAGUGCAGGUUUGUUCUUGUUGGCCUUGACAGGAUAGCUGUUUUAGAGUGGAACUGUUGUGGUGGUCUGUUCAGACGACCAGCCUUGGUGUGUCAGACAAAUGUUGCAUGACAAGAUAUGAGAAUUAUGUGGUGGUUGCCAUGAUAGGAGCACAAAACAGGUCAAAAGUAGCUUCGACACUCAGUGGAGCAAAAAACACGGUGCCUUGAAAAGGUUACAGAAAAAAAAAAAAGAUUUGUUGAGGGAACGGCACUGUGCUACACUUCUGUAUAUAACUGCAAUAUUGAUGUUGUUGAAGUGCAUAUUUUAUGACAAAGUGUACACAUGAAUAUUCUGUCAUAACAGCAGGGCAGUCACAGAUGUUUCUUUUUAUAUAUAUAUAUAUACAUAUAAAUGUUCACUGGAUGUCCGAAGAGCAAAAAGAAAAGAAAGCAUCUUUUUGUAUCUUAAAUAAGAUAUAUAUCUAUAUACAAACUAAUGUUCAUAAUGUACAUAGUACCGUUUGUGAAGUACUUCACAAGACUGUGAAGAGUAAAAAAAGUAAAAAAAAAGAAAGGUUGCUUGUAAAUUAUGUAAAAAGGAUAAAACAUAAAUUAUUCAUGGAUAAAAUGGAACCCAACCAAACAUACAGCAAAGCCCAGUGGUACUUUGAGUAAAAUCCAGUCAGAGAAAUGUGUACUUAUAAGCUGUACAUAACUAAGUUUACUCAAGCCAACGUCCUGCCUUGUACAUAUACUUUCAGAGAAUAUAUAUGCAGCUGCGUAGAGGAACAUGGUUGGCACAGCAAUCCCGAUCUCCAGGAGUCAGGCCUUUGAAUAGAGAUGGCUAUGAUAUCGAUGCAUGUCAAAUAUGCAAUUUUUCCGAGUUUUCAGUGCUCAAGAGAUGAAUAAGCUUUCCAAGUAGCAGUCCCAGUUUUCUUGGACUCCUAAUUAUUUUAAUUUUUGCCCAGUGCCUGUGUUCCUUCUCGAGAUGACAUUGUAAUGAUAUAAAGGCCAUGCAACUGCUAGCACAAGGCGUGGCAACAAGGAUUGUAGUACCAUUUAAAUUAAUAUAUUUGCAUACUUCAGCAGUCACUCUUUAGAGCUUAGUGUUCUUUCUCCUUUAGAAGGUUGUUCACAAUGAAAAAUAAAAACGUGAUAAUUUGUGUCAGAAUUGCAACUAUACAGCUAUGCACCCAUUCUGGGAAUGAUUCUUGUGCUCAGCAGCCCACUCCUAAGUUAGACUGGCAGAGUUUUUGAUGCCACAUACUAGAGUGUCUUUAGUUCAGUUUUUUUGACUCAGUGUUAGCUCUGCUUGGCCUACACGUGUCAGCUGUGAAUAGUGGCUCACUCUGGCCACAGCUGAUACAGUUAGCCUGUAGAUUUUGUUUUGAUUCAGUAUUUAUCCAAAGUGCAUUAGCAAGCAUGAUUAGCCCGACUGUGAAAUGACGGAGAGGGAGGGUUUCUGUCAAUGUUACCAGAUUACAUGGUCAGACUUCAGACUCCACCUUUCACAAUUCUGUUGCGUGCUGCAUCCGUUCAGCUAAUUCUGUUGCACGUGCUGUCACGUAGCAGACAAUCGGAAGUGGCCAUCUGCAGCUUGGCCUCCAGGAUAGGCGGCACAUACGACCUAUCACCAUUGCCUUCUGCAUGGCAGUGUGCACUAUCAAGUACGCCCGGCUGGUGCAGAAGGCAACGAAAGGAGUCGCAUGGAAUGCGGCGAUUUAGUGACCGAUUCAUUAAUCCAGAAGCAUUUAUAUAUAUUUCUUUCAUUUCACUGGUCUUCUGCUUGGCGAGCAUCCUCCUCUCAGUAGCACCAGUACUUAGCAAAAAGAAAGUGUACAAGGCUGAACACUUGGCAAAAAACGCAGCCAAAGCACUCUAGUGACGAUUUCUGUUGGGAACCGAUAGCUUCUGUGAGUGGGCAUCAAUAGCUUAUGUGCUUGUUGUGCAAUUCUGGGUCAUAGACCUAAAGUUGGCAAGGGAUGUGGCGAUAUGAGGAAUGAAAUGUGAAACAAAGAAUUUCCAGACUAACACUUGACGCACAAUGAAACCAGUAUGUCAACACGGCUGUUUCACUGAGCAGCAAGAGUGUUUCAGUGCUUGCAAAUAUUUUCUUGGGCAAUUUAUUUAUUAGCAUUAUUAAAAAAGUGGCAAGCAGCAGCAAAACGUUGCAAGUAACAUUUGCACUGUUUUCCAUCUUACACUAUGUGAAGAGAAACAAAGAAGGCAAGAAAUUUGCACACAUGCUCAUACCAUUGCAAUGUUAUGCUCUCAAGGAAUGUUGGUGCAGGCAGUAAGCAUACUAUAACAGUUUAGGCUGCCAUCAGUAAUCUGGCAGCGAGCAAAGGAGAAACGUUUGAAGGGUUCUGUUUGAAUGGCACUUGGGUACAACACAAGACACGUGUUGCUCUAUUAGGUACGAACCCAAGCUCAAAGAAACAGAUAUGGAAGUCCCGAUGCAACGCCCAUGUUUGUGUUCUUUAACGUGCCACAUUAUAUGGCCCCCCACCUGCAUGUUUUGAGUUCAUAAAUUAAUGCUGAUGUUGUUUUGUUGCUAUUACCAACAAGUCUGUGUUGCAGUCCCUGCUAAACUUGCCCGCUUGCUUCAUCUUGCACUAUAUUAAGAAACGGUGAGUGUGUAGUUGCAAUACCUUGUGUAGUACCGAGAUGUUUCCAAGUUAUCGUGUGCACACUGUGUCAUUACAUACUCCUUGCAUGUCAUUGACCGCAUGCUAUGUGCAAGAAAGAAAAAAAAACUGUACAUACAACAAACAUUAUCACCUGUUUUUUCCGGUCUCCUUGUUUUGACUGUAUCUUGAAAAGUAUGUGUUUCAACCUAAAUUUUUUUCUCUCAAAGUUUAAAUAAAUGUCUUCUUAAAUAUACUGACAACAA